CACACAUUUUCGUUGCAUAUGGGUUAACUGAUUAAAGAUAAAUAUGAAGUUAUAUUUACUCACCAUGUAAUUAGAAGGAGUUCUAAAGUGAUAAAUGUGAAAAAUUGAAAUGGCUACACCAAAAUCAAUAAAAUCUAUAGCAGUAUCUUUAGUAAAGAAUGGCCUAUCACCCAGGAAUACAAAUUUUUUAGAAAUACCCUCACCAAAAUUCUUAGGCACUUCUCAAAAUCGUCUAGGAUCACCCAUAUCAAGGAAAUGUUUGAAUUUCUCGCAAAUACAAAAAAUCAAAAGAACUAAACCACUGAGCGUUUUUGAUUCGAAAAAUCCAGAUUUAUUUUUCGAGGAAGAUGUAACGAUAAUUAAGGAAAAAAAAGGUAUACUUAUCAAUACACCGACUAAAACUGAUUUAAUGAAAAAUGGUUUAAACGAUAAUGGAAAACUGCUUGAUAUAUUAGGAAGAGGUACCUUUGGUACGGUUGUGAAAGGCUAUUAUAAAAAUUCCCUGGUGGCUGUAAAAAUAACAAGAGUGAACGAAAUGAAUCCAAAACCAUCUGAUAUCAACGCAAAAGAUCUGUCACAUGAAAAUAUCGUCAAAGUUUUUUAUAGUUACACGAAACCAAGUUCAGAAUACGCAAUUAUAAUAAUGGAGUAUUUAGAUGGAGCAAGAAACCUUCAGUUUGUUCUUGAAAAUGGACCUAUUUUAGGCGAGCUAUCAAAGAAAAAAAUCAUCAAACAAAUAUGUUUGGGGCUGCAGUAUUGCCAUUUAAACGGUAUUUUACAUCUGGAUGUUAAACCGAAGAAUAUUUUGGUUCUUCCUAAUCAACAAUGCAAACUAUGUGAUUUCGGUAACUCCUGCAGGAUUGAAGAUAAGGAGAACUAUGUUUAUCAGGGAACUAUUCCUUACGCAGCUCCUGAGCUACUUAGAGGUAUGGAACCUACGGAAAAAUCUGAUGUAUACUCACUAGGUAUAACUAUUUGGCAGAUAGAGUACAGGAAAAGUCCAUACGAAAAUUGGAGUAGUUCAAAAUGUUUAGUAUAUAACGUUGUGAAAAGUAAUGUGCGACCAGAGUAUGAAAAGAAUAACCAAGUAAUAACAAAACUUUUCCUAAACUGUUGGAAGGAAAAUCCUUUUUCCAGGCUAGAUUUAAAGGAAAUCCUCGAGAUGCUUUGAUAUCUUGAAGUUCCUGAUUUGGGGAUGUUUGUUAUUUGAAAAUGAAAUUUGUUAUUAUUAUACAUUUUAAUUAUAUUAUUUACAAAUAUAUCAGUUAUUUCUGAGGUUGGUAUAUGAAGAGCAAUAAAGGAUAUUUUAUGUAA